CAGGUACACCAUUCAUUCGCGGCUGUAGACAACGUGCUGUACUCCACCCUGUUUCAAUAAAAUAUUCAAAAUUUCUCCCACAACAUUUGAAAAUCAGAAUAACUGGAUGUCGUACUCCAAUGUGACCAAUAUAUUAGUGCGAAAUCCCCUGUUUGGAAUAUGGGCUUGCAAAUGACUGAAUCCUAUCCCCUGUGUCUUUAAAAUACCACAAACCCCUGUGCUUGCCCUACACAAUUCGGUCUCAGCAAUCACUUUCGACAUGGCAAGUAGUAAAGUGCAUGGUAUACAAAGAGUUAUUUCGAAAUUAGCGUCUUCUAUAAACGCAGGAAAUUAUUAUGAGGCCCACCAGAUGUACAGAACGUUGUAUUUCAGAUAUCUUGGACAGAAAAAAUAUGGUGAUCUCUUAGAUUUGCUGUUUGAUGGUGCAGUAUUAUUACUCAGACAUGAUCAGCAAACAAGUGGAGCAGAUCUAGCCAUUCUUUUGGUUGAUGUCCUAAUCAAAGCAGAGGCCUCUAUUUCAGAAGACCAGUUUAACAAAUUAUCUCGCUUAUUUGGAAUGAUAAGUUCAGAUGUGCCAGAAAGAGAAACAUUUCUUGCCAACGCAUUGCAGUGGUCGGUCAGAGAGUCACAUGAGUACAAGAGUGGACAUCCACAGCUGCACCAAAGCAUAGCUCAGAUUCUCUGGAAAGAGAAGAAUUAUGUACUGGCUAGGUAUCACUUCCUGCAUUCUACAGAUGGCUUUGGUUGUGCAGCAAUGUUAGUAGAACUGCACAGGCAGAGAGGUUACUCUAGUGAAGUGGAUUUGUUCAUUGCUCAAGCUGUAUUGCAGUACCUAUGUCUACAUAACAAAACAAGCGCUAAGGAUGUCUUUGACAGUUAUACCACACAACACCCAAUCAUCAAGAAGACUGGUCCACCUUAUAUACUGCCACUCCUCAACUUCAUAUGGUUUUUACUGAAAGUUGUUGAAAGUGGAAAGCUUGCAGCUUUCACAGUGCUAUGUCAGCAAUACCAAACAAGCAUUGAGAGAGACCCAAGUUACAUUGAAUAUUUGGACAAGAUUGCACAGAUAUUCUUUGGAGUUCCCCCACCACGUCCACGGUCACAAGGUCUCUUCGGAAAUCUUCUUCAGUCCUUCCUCAGUGAUCUGGAUGAACUUGAGUCUGAAGAUGAGUCACACUCAUCGCAUCCAAGGGCUUCCACAUCACGCCAACACAUGGAGACUGACGAGUUGGACUGAUGUAAUAGUGCAGGAUAGUGAUGGAACUGGUGUGUCCUGGAGUGGUGGUGCAACAAUAUUGAUAGAUGAUGUAGAGUCCAUCUACUCUUGUAGCUUCCAGUAACACUGCACACCCACCCCUCAUUUACCAGGAAUUCUUGUUAGAACUGCACAGUGUGGAGAGAAUUGCAGAGUUCUAACAGAUAAAAAGUACAAGCUUUAUCCAUUUUAUAUAGUGUGAAUGAAGCAGUACGACCAUGGAAGGGAGUUAAAAUAACUUAGUAUUUCAGUCUUGUAAUAGCCCUCACAGGUUUUAUUCUGAAAACAUUUCUAAUAUCAUAAUUUUCCUUUUUAUUAUAAUCCUGAGGUACCCGAAAGAUGAAAUAUGGCAUAAAGAAUAAUAUACAAGCAUAUGUGUGUAAUUGGAGUGGUCCUAGUUCCUGAAUAGCAGUUUACUGAUUAAAUUAAUAAAAUAUUGAUUUCUUAUGAAUUAAUAUAUAAUGGAUAUGUACAUAGUGUAGAGAGAAGGAAGAAAGAGCAGCCCUUUUUUGGACCACCAGAAAGAAACCAAGUGCAUGUCUUACUCUGUUCUUUGAGAGUGUGAAUAAGAGGGUUCCAUGAUCUGGUCAGGGGGGAUAACCUAUAUAUCAUCUGAUUAUACUGCCUGUUUGGAGCUUGAUCUCUCUUGCCUCCCUGAUGACCCUGUCCAUGCAUCUGGAUUUCUUGGCUGGGAUACUGGCAUCAUUUAGCAGAAUAUGACGGCCUAAGUUGAUGUUGCAUUUAGCUACUUAUGAUAACAGAGCCAGAUGUGGGAAUGGUCUUUCCUUGACCCUGGUUUCAAUGGAAAAGCUAGGUAAUCCUAAAUGGGCCCUAGGAAACUUAGAGAUAUUUGAAGAUGGCUGUCUUCUGGGUUUUCGCAAUGUGUAGUCAGGUGCCACAAUCCAGAAGACAGCCAUCUUCAUAAGCACCACUGUAAGAACCUCAAAUCCUAAUUGAAUAUAUUCUUUGGUCGAAUGCCUACCAUCUUGACGUUGUGCUUACAUAUCAUCCUGCUAAUGCAGAUGUAGGUGGUAUGACUUUCUGAGGGGGCUCAAAUCAUGAGGAAGCCUCUUAUUUACACUCUGAAGAACAGAUGAUUCUCUCCAAGAGCAGGCAUGCACUUGGUAUGAGUUCCUUUUCAGAUGGUCCCUGAAAAGGGCAACCUUACUUUGUAGACCCCUGCAAGAGCCAACUUUCCCUCCAUCAACCCAGCCUUCAUCUGCAUCUGUUGGAUUAUACUUGGCUCCUUCUGAUGGGCCAAUGUUCCUGGCCUGAUUCUCAACCAAACCCUAUAUAACUCAUCUAGCUUUUAACACUACUUAUUUCAGCACUGAAGAUGGAAGCAGUAUAUUCCUCCAAGACAUUAGUAUACAGUCAAAAGACUGAGGCACAACUGUCCAGAAGAUGACUGUCUCAACUAUAAUCACAAUAAUCUUAAAUAUUAAAACACUGAUGACCUUUCAGCAUGUAUUUAAAACUGAUGCAAAGUGUUAGUCACUGGCUAUAAGUACUUGUUUCAUUCUGUCACGAAUUUGUGUGUGUAGGUUUGUAAUGGAAUUUAGGACAAAAAAGUGAUUGUGAAAUCAACUCAUUUUCAUCUUUUUCUUGAGCUGUGUUCUUAUUUGAUCUUCCUAUAAUUGUCUGUAUACUAUAUUUAUGCAUUACAACACUGAAUUGGGACCUAUCCAACUACAUGUGCAUAAAAAUGAUGUGAACAAUUUUUCAUAUAAUUUCACAUUUUUAUAUACUACAGUAAGAAUGAAAUCUACUGAAGGUUUUCUUUUGUAUUCCCCUCCCUUGCCUGAGUGACCCAUUUCAAGUAUUGUUUAGCAAUACCACGACCAUAUUGCAGGUGGAUACUUACAUAAAUCUGUGUGUAUAAAGGUCCCUACAUAUUAUAUUACGAGAGCGAGAGAAAAGAAAAUGCCUUGAAGCAAAAUUUUAUACACAUCUUUUGUGAUACUUCUGAUGAUAAUUUGUUAAUGAUUAUGAGGAAUUAUCAUAACGUGUGAAGCUGCUGUAAAGGCAUUCCAAUGAGAAUUUUUUUUCGGACUCGAGUAUUUCCUGCACUGUGCUACUUACUAUCUUAAUUUAGAGCAUAAAUUUUAACAAUUGCAAGAAAUAACAAUCCUGACAAACACAAAAGCCAGUGGAAACUGAAAUAUGAAAGUAUAAUAGAUGAACUGUAUGUAAAAACUUUAAAGAAACUAAAGUAAUAAAAUUAGAAAAUAAAAUUAACAUAAAUACACAUCUAAAAUAAUUUUAUUGUGUGGAAAAAAGACUUAAUUUUAUGGAAGACAAAUUAAUUACUUUUCAUCAAUAACUGCUGAGAAACUGACACUAUUUUUCUAGCUAACCUUAGAGACAGUUCAGAGUAUUAUAAAACCACACAAAGAGUUAUUAGAAUGGCAUGAAACAAAAGUGAAGUUUGGGAAUGCCUGGAUUUAAAAAUUAUGUAACAAUUACUGGCAUGUUUAUUCAGAUGUGUGUAUAAAAUCCUGCAUUAAACAAUUUCAUUAACAUAAA